CAAAACGCGGGCGACCAUUCCCCAGAGACAGGGAAGCACGGACCCCUACUAGUUGCGCCGCAAUGUUACCUAGCCAUUUCUGCGGUACACUUGUUCCGCAGAGCACUAGAUCUCAAAUCUCCAGCUCUGUUUAUUAACCCUCAACUCACCCGCAUCCCAGAUUCCGAUUCUUCGUCCAAGGCCGCGUGCGAGUUCUACCCUGCACAGCUUCAAGCAACGCGCUUCGUCAACUCACUCAGCGUACAACCCCCACGCAACUGCCCAUCAUGAGCCACAACAACGACCUGGCCGACGAGGCCGCCAACCCCAAGGGCAUCCAAGCUACCACCGAUGUCAACAUGACUGAGUGCCCUGUCACAUGGAAGGCCUACCUCCUCUGUGCCUUCGCCUCCUUUGGUGGUAUCUUCUUCGGUUAUGAUUCCGGAUACAUCAACGGUGUGCUCAACUCGCCUCUGUUCAUCCAGGAGGUCGAGGGCCCCAUUUGCCCCCAGGGUCUCGACACUCCUGAUGGCCUCUGCAAGAUCAGCUCUGGCAACACCUCGCUCAUCGUCUCUAUUCUCUCCGCUGGUACUUUCUUCGGUGCUCUCGUCGCUGGUGACCUUUCCGACAUGAUUGGUCGCAAGUGGACCAUCGUUUUUGGAUGUCUCAUCUACAUCAUCGGAGUUGUUCUGCAAAUGGCUGCCACUGGCCGUGACCUCCUUGUUGCUGGUCGUGCCAUUGCCGGUAUUGGUGUCGGUUUCGAGUCUGCCAUCGUCAUUCUCUACAUGUCCGAGAUUUGCCCCAAGAAGGUCCGAGGUGCGCUCGUCUCCGGUUACCAGUUCUGCAUUACCAUUGGUCUCCUGCUUGCCGCCUGUGUCAACUACGGCGUCCAGGGUCGUGGUGACACUGGCGAGUACCGCAUCCCCAUCGGUAUCCAAUUCGCCUGGGGUCUUAUCCUCGGUGGUGGUAUUGCCUGCCUUCCCGACUCCCCUCGUUACUUCGUCAAGCGCGGCCGUCCCGAUGAGGCCAAGAAGGCUCUCAUGAAGAUUCGUGGUGUCCACCCUACCGACCCCCAGGCUGCUGAGCUCAGGUCCAUGGUCGAAUUCGAGCUUGCUGAGAUCAUUGCCAACGAGGAGUACGAGCGCGAGCUUAUCCCCGCCGGUGGCUGGAUCUCUGGCUGGGCCAACUGCUUCAAGGGUUCUCUCUUCCAGUCCAACUCCAACCUUCGCAAGACUAUCCUUGGUACCUCGCUCCAGAUGAUGCAACAGUGGACUGGUGUCAACUUCAUCUUCUACUAUUCCACUCCCUUCUUGGAGUCGACUGGCGCCAUCAGCAACACCUUCUUGAUCUCCCUCGUCUUCACCCUGGUCAACGUCUGCUCCACCCCUCUUUCCUUCUACGGAAUGGAGAAGUUCGGUCGCCGCACACUUCUCCUCUUUGGUGCUCUCGGUAUGUUGAUCUGCCAGUUCUUGGUUGCCAUCAUUGGUGUCACUCAGGGAUUCAACAACUCCACCACCCUCGCCGACGGCACCACCCGCGCCAACAACAUCUCCGCCGUCAACGCCCAGAUCGCGUUCAUCGCCAUCUUCAUCUUCUUCUUCGCCACCACCUGGGGUCCUGGUGCCUGGGUCCUCAUCGGUGAGGUCUUCCCUCUGCCCAUCCGCUCGCGUGGUGUUGCCCUCUCCACCGCCUCCAACUGGCUCUGGAACACCAUCAUCGCCGUCAUCACCCCCUACAUGGUCGGUACCGACAAGGGUAACCUCAAGUCGUCCGUCUUCUUCAUCUGGGGAGGUCUCUGCACUAUUGCUUUCGUCUACACCUACUUCUUGGUUCCCGAGACCAAGGGUCUGUCUCUCGAGCAGGUCGACCAGAUGAUGGCCGAGACCACUCCCAGGACCUCUGCCAAGUGGCGCCCUACCCACACUUUCGUCGAGAGCUCCCUCCAGAAGGGUGGCUCUACCAUGAUCGAGCGCAACGGUUCCAUUGUCGUUGACACUGAGAAGAACCACCGCACUGCUUCCGUCCACUAGAUGGAGAAACGGUGUAGUGUUUUGUUCACGUCUUGAUGACACGAAUGAGUCACUUUGAAUGAUGUAAUGUUUGGUUUUAGCUAUACAGUACAGUAUAGCAUAUUACUAAAGACACGGAAUGGAUAGAUGCCCGGGCUGGAGAAUGAUACCUCUUUAGUUUAUACUAUAGCAUAAACUACUACUUUAAUCUUGAA